UUCGUCAAAAUAGCCAACUACCAGGACCUGUUGGGCAGCCAUCAUCAACUGCUCAUAGCCGCCACCGCCGCCGCCGCUGCAACAGCCGCCGACCAACCGCCAGUGCAACUGCAACUGCAACAGCAACUGCAACUGUUGCCCGCGGGGCCGACGACACCAGCGGGUCAUCCAAUCCAAAAUAACAAUCUACCCAUCAAUUCGAUUAGCACGAUCAAUCAGAUCAGCAGCGCCAACCAGAACAACAACAACCAGCAGGCGGUGUUUGAAAAAGCCAUCACCAUUUCGUCGAUUGCGAUAAAACGCAGGCCGACGCUGCCGCAGACGCCAGCAAGUGCCCCACAGGUGUUGUCGCCGUCGCCCAAGCGCCAGUGUGCCGCCGCCGUCUCCGUGCUGCCGGUGACCGUUCCCGUGCCCGUUCCGGUCUCUGUGCCGCUGCCCGUCUCCGUGCCCGUGCCCGUCUCCGUCUCGGUCAAAGGUCACCCGAUCUCGCACGCCCACCAGAUCGCCCACACCCAUCAGAUCUCCCAUACGCAUCCGAUCUCGCAUUCGCAUCCGCACCACCACCAGCUGAGCUUCGCCCAUCCCACGCAGUUCGCGGCCGCCGUUGCCGCCCACCACCAACAGCAGCAGCAGCAGCAACAGCAGCAGGCCCACCAGCAGCAGGUGCAACAGCAACAGCAGCAACAGGUUGCCUACGCCGUUGCCGCCUCACCGCAGUUGCAGCAACAGCAGCAGCAACAGCGAUUGGCCCAGUUCAACCAGGCGGCAGCAGCAGCUCUGCUGAACCAACACUUGCAACAGCAACACCAGCAGCAGCAGCAGGCCCAGCAGCAAUCUCUGGCCCACUACGGCGGCUAUCAGCUGCACAGAUACGCUCCCCAGCAGCAGCAACAGCAACAUAUCCUUCUGAGCACCACCAGCAAUAGCAGCAGCAGCAAGCACAACAGCAACAGCAACACCAACUGCAGUACAGUAGCAACAUCAGCGGCUGCGACAGUAGCAACAUCCGUUGCUGCGGUCCCGACCAGCGGCGGCAGUUUGCCGGACAGUCCCGCCCACGAAUCGCAUUCGCACGAGUCCAACUCCGCGACCGCCUCCGCGCCGACCACGCCCUCGCCGGCAGGCAGCGUCACCAGCGCCGCCCCCACAACAGUGACAACAACCACAUCGGCAACUGGCACACCAGCAACAUCGGCCGUUAGCGACAGCAACAACAACCUGAACAACAGCAACAGCAGCCGGGACAGCAGCAACAGCAACGCCAUAAUGGAGAAUCAGAUGACUCUGACCCCGCUGGGACUAUCGCAGAGCAUGGACUCCGUGAACACGGCCAGCAACGAGGAAGAGGUUCGCACACUUUUUGUCAGCGGUUUGCCCAUGGACGCCAAGCCGCGCGAACUUUAUUUGUUAUUCAGAGCCUAUGAGGGCUAUGAAGGAUCUCUUUUGAAAGUAACUAGCAAAAAUGGCAAAACUGCAUCGCCCGUUGGCUUUGUGACAUUCCAUACAAGAGCUGGAGCAGAGGCAGCUAAACAAGAUCUGCAGCAGGGUGUACGCUUCGAUCCCGAUAUGCCCCAAACAAUUCGCUUGGAAUUCGCCAAGAGUAACACGAAAGUGAGCAAACCCAAACCACAGCCCAAUACAGCGACAACAGCCUCACAUCCUGCAUUGAUGCACCCACUCACUGGACAUCUGGGUGGGCCCUUCUUUCCGGGCGGACCGGAGCUAUGGCAUCAUCCGCUAGCCUACUCGGCAGCCGCCGCCGCUGAGUUGCCGGGAGCAGCUGCCCUGCAGCAUGCAACACUAGUGCAUCCGGCCCUGCAUCCGCAGGUGCCAGUGCGCUCCUAUCUCUGACUAAAUACAGACAAAGUAAUGGAGCAGCCUAUGCAUCAAACUCAAAUGACCAUGCCGCCACAUCAUCAGACAACUGCUAUUCAUCCCGGAGCUGCGAUGGCUCACAUGGCUGCUGCUGCGGCGGCCGCGGCUGCCGGCGGGGGUGGGGGAGCGGCCGCGGGUGCUGCCGUGCCGCAAAGUGCCGCUGCGACGGCCGCUGCCUCAGCCGCUGCGGCCGCUGCUGCCUCGCACCACCACUAUCUGUCGAGUCCGGCGCUGGCCAGUCCGGCCGGGUCCACCAACAACGCCAGCCACCCGGCCAAUCCGCAGAUUGCGGCCAAUGCGCCCUGUUCCACGCUGUUUGUGGCCAAUCUGGGCCAAUUCGUGUCCGAGCAUGAGCUGAAGGAGGUGUUCUCUAGUAUGCCUGGCUUUUGUCGCCUACGAAUGCACACAAAAGCCAUGGUAGCAGCAACUGGCUCAAGCUGCUCCACCAGUAACAGCAACAACAACAACAACAGCAACAACCAUGGGGGCAGCAGCAACAACCACAUCGCUGCGGUGCAGCAACAUCCGGUGGCAUUCAUCGAGUUCAAGGACCCACCGACCGCAUCCCAGGCCAUGCAGCAGCUGCAGGGUAAAUAUCUGCUCAGCUCGGAUCGCGGUUCCAUCCGCAUCGAGUUUGCGCGCAGCAAGAUGAUCAACGAGGUGGCCAUGAUGAACAGCACCAAGGCACCGCCACCACCACCGCCGUUGAGUGUUGCUGCUGCGGCACCAGCACCACCUGCACCACCAGCACCCAUGUACAUCCUGAGCGGCGGCGGUGGAGUUGAGCAUUUGCUGGUGCCUGCACCAUCGCCGCAGACCCAGCAGCACCAGCAGCAGCAACUCCAGAUGCAGCAGCUGCAGCAGCAACUGCAACUGCAGCAGCAACAUCAGCACAUGCAGCAGCAACACCAUCAGCAGCAGCAGCAACUCCAGCUGACCGUGGCAGCACCCUGCACCACUGCAAGCACCACCACCAACAGCACCACCACUAGCGUUGUUGUUAACUCACUACAGCACCACCAACUUCAUCAUCCAAAUCAGCAUCACCAAAAUCAUCUCUUUAGAGACAGGAGCGGGUAUGGAAUCACGGCAUGAUUUGCUCGCUAAGAAGCUAGAGCGUGAAAUGCAGCAGCAGCAGACGCAAGUGCAUCACCAGCAGCAGCAGCAGCAACAGCAGCAUCACUACCACCACAGCCACCAGACAGCGCACCACCAGCACCAC